AACGGUGUAAUUUUGCGGGAAAAUUCCGACGAUACGCGGCUUGUUCGACGACGAGGAGAUUUUUUUCUAAUGAACUUUGCCGCGUUAUUUUAGCUGUACGUUUUUCGAAAUUCGAUAUUUGUGCGAUGUAAAUGUAUUGAACUUGCGGUUGUAGUGCUUAUUUAAGACCUCUUUAGACAUUCAUGGUUGAUUAUAUUGAGUUUCUGGAUCAUUUAGGAUACCUUUGAAGACGAUGAAAUCGGCUAGGCAAAUCAUAAGAGAAUCGGGAUUGAGCGAAAUAAGCGAUUCUUUACCUUCUUGGAGCAAAUACCAAUCAAGAGACAUUAUUUUGAAUAACAACGAAGAUUAUGAAUACUAUGGAGAAAUAAGCAUCGGUACACCGCCCCAAACCUUCAAAGUCUUUUUCGACACCGGCUCAUCUGCCUUUUGCGUACCUUCGAAGAAAUGCGAGAGUGAUGACAAACCCUGUCGUAAAAAACCACAACAAAUACGACUCGACAAAUCUUCAACCUACAAAGCCAACGACACCAAGUUCAAUAUUAUGUACGGUUCCGGGUUCGUCGAAGGGUUCCUAUCCUCCGAUAAUGUCGAGAUCGCCGGUAUUACAGUGACUGAUCAAUUAUUCGGUGAAGCUACUGACGAACUCGGCAAUUCUUUUGAUGUGGGAAAGUUCGAUGGUAUCCUAGGAAUGGGUUACAACAGUCUAGUCAGAAAACCGAACACAGUGUUGGCGAAUUUAAUCGCUCAAAACGCUGACCUUUCGCCAAUCUUUUCUUUCUACUUAAACAGGGAUACUGAUGGAAAGAUCGGUGGAGAAUUGACGCUAGGAGGAGCAGAUCCCCAAUAUUACAAAGGCGAAUUCACUUACCUCACUGUAAGCACACAAGAAUACUGGCAAAUAAAAAUGGACAAAAUCAACGUUGGUUCUAGUGCAUUUUGCGCAGGUUCCUGCAAUGCUAUCGUAGAUACCGGUACCAGUUUUAUCACGGGACCUAAGGAAGAAAUUGAUAAGCUUCAAAAUGCUAUUGGAAAUAAACGUUUUAGAGGUACAUACUAUGUUGAUUGUAAUAAGGUGUCUUCAUUGCCUGACGUCGACUUCGUUUUGAACGGUAAAACAUUCACUUUGAAGUCUAAGGACUACGUAGUUAAGUUUAUUGAAAGAAACGGGACUACUGCUUGCCUGUCGGGAUUCGAUGGAGUUACCUUUAAUCCAGGUGAUGAAGGAUUUUGGGUUCUGGGUGAAGUUUUUAUGGGAAAAUACUACACGAAAUUCGAUUUCGAGAACAACCGUGUUGGAUUCGCUGAACUUAAAUAAUUAAAUAAUCUUAAUGUUUCAAUAAAGUUUUAAUUUCAACG